AAUCCAAGAUGGCGCGUGAACGCGCUAGUUCUGCAUUAACUCCUUUGACGGAAACUACUUUGUUUGUAGGUCCAAAAAUUCCAGAUGAAAUCAAACGAAUGAUACCUCAUCUAACAAAGAUAGAUAAGGCCUUAUUCAGAAAGAUUUUACAAGUUAUUAUUUCAGUUUUGGAGGGAAAGGUUCCUGAUGAUGGUCUGCUCCAGAAGCUUCAGUCAGAAACUGUAACAGAGGAUGUCAUAUCCUCUCUAUAUGCUGGGCUUUACUCACUUCUGCGCAGUGCUCUGCGUUUGCCCCAGACAUCUUUAAAACCAGAACAGUUUAAGGCAGACCUUGGAGAACUGAAGAUUCCUGCUGAAUUAAUUCCUGAUCUCUCAAGCGUUGUGUUUGGAGAAAAAAGACUGGCAUUUGAUGCAGCUGCUCUUCAAAACAGAAAUCACCUUCCAACUUUAGAUUCACUGCGAUGGCGAGUCGAUGUUGCUAUAUCCACAAGUGCCCUAAACAGAGUGUUGGAACCAACAGUGCUUAUGGAGCUGAAGCUCAGUGAUGGAAAGGUCCAUACAUUUGAGGUGUCCUUGUCCAAAUUUCAUGAGUUACGUUAUAAUGUGGCAUAUGUGUUGAAAGAAAUGGAGGAAAUUGAGAAAAAGAGCAUUUUGAAGAUACAAGAUUAAUUUUCAGCCUCUAACAGUAUAGGUAGGCUAGGAAGCUAUAAUUUGUUGUUUAGUGGCCAGUAUUUGAUUUAAUAGAGAGCAAAAGGAUAAUAUGUUUGUGAGAUGUGGACAGUGGCUGAAAGUAGAGAGUUCUUUUCCCAAGCUUGAUACAGAUCUUGUGUCUGUGAUGCUGAGAAAUUUGCUUUCUAGUGUGCAAUUGUGCCAAAGUAGGUGUACUCGCCUUCCAAUUACUUUUCAUUUGUCUGUGCUUAACUUUCCUCUUGCCAAGUUGCUUCCUGACAAAAUCAAGUAACACCGAAUGCCUGCACUAUCUUAGUAACGUGUUAUUGUGUUAAUCAGGCUGGAGAGCAGCAAGACUCAUGAAACAACCCCAGAAUUUGACUAGUUAUGGUUUACUUGUCAUUGUUCCAAGGGAAGGUUUGCAGUGUGCUUAUUGUUCUUUUAGUUGACAAUAGCAAAAUUUUGUGCUGGAGAAUCAUGGUGUCUUCUUGUAUUUUUCAGAUUACUCUAAAAUUUGUUGUACAAAAGUUAGAAAUAAUCAUGUGUGGAGAGACCAUUUCAAUCUUAAUUUAGACAAACCCAAAUAGUUUUUCUAAGAAAUAAGGCAAAAAGUGAUGGAAUAAAAAGGUGUAUGCUAGUUUUGAACACAGCUAGAAAGUUAAAUAUAACACAGUGUGGGUAUACUGUAGCAUAUACUCUCUUUGUGUCAAAAGCUUUCUUGUGUUCUCUAGGCGUUGUUUGAAAUCUCUCCAACAAUCAGUCAUAGACCACAACUCCACAUGGUAAUGACAAAACACCACAGAUGUAACAGAAAAUUGUAAAGUGCUUGAUGUUCAGUAGAUGUGAUAAAUAGGAAAAUUAUUUAGUA